GUCCUGUGACUGGCAGCGCUCGCGGGAGAGGCGCGACAGAUUCGGGAUUUUAUUUCCACUCAAGAAAUUGGAGGAUGGUGAUCAGCUGUAGCAUUAUUUUUCAGUAGUGGGGUUAACCGCUUAAGGAUAAGGCAGCAUAAAUUACAAGGACAAAGAAAUUUGCAUGGACAUUUAGAUCCGUUCAAAAUGUUGUGUGCUGGGAAAAAAUCUUACUUUGCUGCUGCUGUGUGCAUUAUGACUAUAACUUCAAUGCUUGCAGUUUCUUAUCUGAAGUUACAGAGUCUUUCUCAUCAGCCAAGAGUAAUUCAAGAAGGUAGAAGAUGUAGAGGGAAAAUUGCCAUUAGCACAAUAACAGCAUUAGAAGGUAACAAAACUUUUAUUAUAUCCCCAUACUUUGAUGACAGAGAAAGCAAAGUCACUCGUCUGAUUGGGAUUGUUCACCAUGAAGAUGUAAAACAACUGUACUGCUGGUUCUGCUGUCAGGCCAAUGGAAAGAUAUAUGUAUCAAAAGCAAAAAUUGAUGUUCACUCAGAUAGAUUUGGAUUCCCUUAUGGUGCAGCAGAUAUAGUUUGUUUGGAACCUAAAAAUUGUGAUCCAACACAUGUAUCAGUUCAUCAGUCUCCAUAUGUAAAUACUGACCAGCUGCUGAGGUUUGAAAUUAAAAAUCGCAAGCAUGAGACCUUUUCUGUUGACUUCACCGUGUGCAUUUCUGCCAUGUUUGGAAACUACAACAAUGUCUUGCAGUUUAUACAGAGUAUGGAAAUGUAUAAGAUUCUUGGAGUACAGAAAGUGGUGAUCUAUAAGAACAACUGCAGCCAUCUGAUGGAGAAAGUCUUGAAGUUUUAUAUAGAAGAAGGAACUGUUGAGGUAAUUCCCUGGCCAAUAAACUCACAUCUCAGGGUUUCUUCUGCAUGGCGCUUCAUGCAAGACGGGACACACAUUGGCUACUAUGGACAAAUCACAGCUCUAAAUGACUGUAUAUACCGUAACAUGGAAAGGAGCAAGUUUGUGGUCCUAAUUGAUGCUGAUGAAAUAAUUCUUCCCCUUAAACACCCAAACUGGAAAACAAUGAUGAACAGUCUUCAGGAGCAAAACCCAGGGACUAGUGUUUUCCUCUUUGAGAACCAUAUCUUCCCAGAAACCAUAUCUUCUCACACGUUCAACAUUUCAUCUUGGAAUACUGUGCCAGGUGUUAACAUAUUACAGCAUGUAUACAGAGAGCCUGACUUGAAAAAUGUAAUGAAUCCCAGGAAAAUGAUAGUUGAUCCACGAAAGGUGGUUCAGACUUCAGUCCAUUCUGUCCUACGUGCUUAUGGGAAGAGCGUGUAUGUUCCCAUGGAUGUUGCCCUCAUUUAUCACUGUCGGAAGGCCCUUCAAAGAAACCUUCCCAGAGAAUCUCUCAUCAGGGAUACAACACUGUGGAGAUAUAACUUAUCAUUAAUCAUGAACGUUAACAAGGUUCUGUCUCAAACCAUGCUGCAAACUCAAAAUUGAAACCUCAGUUAUAAGGAGUGAAAGUGGAGGGCUAUCUGUAUUGUGGGAAGACAGAGGAUAUAAUUUAAAAAUCACAUUACAUUGAUUUUCACAUGGAGUCUACAUUUUUCUGCAAUUAUUUAGGGAAUAUAUAGCAAAGCCAUGAAUCACUUAAUGAUA